AUUUUUUUCAGACUUUUUGAAAAAAUGUUUGAAAUUGGAUUGAUGUGAUUAUAUAAGUUAUUGGAAGUGUAAAUAUUAUUCAGUUUAUGUGUUCUUGGAUUAAUUUUUCUUAUUAUUGGAUAUAAUAUAUGGUAACCACUAAAUGAGAGGCUUUAUAUGUUUUGGAUAUUUAAAAUUAACAUGUAAGUUGGCGUAUUUAUAUAAUUUUAAAAUUAUUUUUCUGUUGUAAAUACUAAUAAUUAAUUAACAAUAUCUUAUUAAACAUUAAACUAACAAAUAUUUUAAAUCUAUCUUAUGGAAUAUUUACCUACAAAAUGACAUUUACACAUAAGAAACUGUUUAUAAUUAAGAAAACCAAAGUUAAAUUUGUCCAUACACCUGCGAUUGGGAAAAUGCCACCUAAAUUUACUUUGGCCUCAGCGAUGUUUUUUUCUUCAGAUUCUUUGCUGUAAACACUGCUAAAAAUUUAUAUGGUUUGUUUGUGGGUGGUCAAAUUUUGCAACUCAAUUUUGACCCACUUGAUGUCAAAUUGAGUUGAAACUUUGCAUACUUCCCACACCUCUGAUGACAUUACAAUCCUUCAUGACCAGCAGGUCACCUUUGACUUUCACUGGCCCUUGAGUGACCUCUGCAGGUCAAAUCUUGCAUCUCAAUUUUCAUCCAUUUCCUUACCUCCAAUUGAGAUGAAACAAAGAAAAUUGAGUUCAUGGGUGUCCCACAUUUGUUAGUCAUAUAAAUUUAACAAUGCUGAAGUUUUGAGGGACAUUUUUUAAAAACUUUUAGCACAUUAUUGUAUUAUUCAAACUGUUGGUUUAUCAGUUAAAGCAAGUAUGAAGAAAUCACAAACGCUGAGAUUUUCCAGUUUCUUCUUUAUUUUGAGGGCCCACGACAAAUGAAUUGAUCAUUCUGGCUCCUAUGUUUCAGAGGCGUUCACGAUGUUACUGUGCAUGGUUUUCAAGGGGAUACUUCACUGGUUGCAAGGGCUAUUCAGAAGUGGUGUUAUGAACUGGGGGUUGGAAGACAGAAGGCAAUAGACACAAAUGUGUUGAGUGUAGCCGCCUAAACUGUUGCUUUUGGAAGCUUGUUCCAGUCCCUUAUUGUCUUUGGCAAGAAUGAGGAGUUCCUGUACUGAGUUCUUGUUUUUAUUAGCCGGAACUGCCUGUCUUGGCUUCGUUGCUGUCUAGGGGGAAGAUGGACGAGUUUCUGUUUGAUGCCGGAGCAGUGGGCCAGCCCAUUUUUUAUCUUGUACAACAUGGUGAGCCUGGAUAGUCGUCGGUCGUCAUUCUUCCAAUGGUGACCAGCCCAGUGUUUCUAGUAUGCUGCCAACUCUUGAGGUAUUUCUGUAGCGGUUCAGGACAAAGCGUGCUUCCCAUCGCUUGACCGCCUCCAACCUGUCGAUGCUUUUCUGGGUAAAUGGGUCCCAGAAUGUAGAUGCGUACUCUAAAAGCUGCCGGACAAAGGCUUUAUAGGCUUUUUCUUUCACGCUUGAGUUGCUGACCUUUAGAUUGCAACUUAGGAACCCCAGGGUCUUAUUUGUUCCACUUCAAAAGCCUAAAGACAAUUGGUUUUUGUUAAUGGACAACCAAAAGUUCAUUUGGACUUGCAAGGACAAGUUAUUGCAAGUCAAAUACUUACCUAUGGUCCUUUAGUUUAUGGAUGUUUGAUACUUCUGCUCUUAUCUCGUAGAAGUUUUAUUUUUGAAUAGAUAAAAAUGUGCCGGUGCUGUAACUUUGAUUGGGGGAGGGGGGAAGGCAGAAAUUCAGGGCACCAAAGGCCCCCUCAAACGUAGAGGGGUGGUGCUCAAUGAGAAUUUUUUUUUGAUAAGUUCAAACUGCUGGGAUGCAUUUUGACACAUAUCUGAAUUUAGAUUUGCAAUACUCUUAAUUAGAGCAACAGAAGAUAUGCUAUUGUUAAUUAUGUUCUCUGGAUAAGCAUUGGUAAACUUUUCACUUCCCAGAAAAUACAUUUACCUUUCAGAUGAUGAGGAGGAGAUAUAAACUGACACAGUGUAUCAAAAAUAUCUCCAACUUAAUGGAUAUUUGUUGAUUAAAAAAAUCUUUUUUUUUUCUGUGUAGUUUGUAACGUUUCCUGUCUCCUGAUGCCCUAAGCACAUGUUUUAAGGGCAUCACAGUUAAUCUGGACCUGACUGCAACAAAAGAAUUGGGCUUAGACACAGUCGAACAAAAAACACCCCCCCCCCUCUCCUUUUCUCAAAAACAUAUUACAUUUUUUAUAUUCUGUCUGUCUUCCUCAUCCCUCUUAGAGGCACCCUCUAUGAUGCAAUCUUUUGAAUUAAACUGUAAUGAUCUUCUUUUCUAAAUUCAGGUUAUUAUUCCAUAUGUCAUGAUAUAUCAAGAGAUAGUAUAACUUUGAAGGAUGCCCUCAACUUUUCUCUCCACUCAUCGAGGAGAUGAUGAGAGUCAGUUUUUGCUCGUUGCCAAGCAUGACAAUGCCAGAAAUUUGUCAACCAUACUCAAAGCAAUUCAUUUCAAAGAUGUAAGUAAACUAUUGUUGUAACAAAAUAAAUAAAACUGCAUAGUUUUGUUUAACAUUUAUUCGUGAAUCUAAAUCCUGUUUUCAUUUUCUCAUGUAUUUUUUCCUCUAAUACAAUAAAAGUUUAGAAAGUAAUUUUCAAAGAGAUUUGUAGCAGGCUGGAGACAAUUGUUAAAUUACAUACAUUAUCAAAAUAAAAUUUCAUAAACCAUCACCAUGUUUUUGUCAUGUAACCUAACUUUACACUAAAGUUAAGUGAAAAAUUAAAUGUAUACUCAAACAGAUCAGUCAGUAUCGCUAACAUUUUUUUUCCUGCAAUAAUGACAUCCUUGUCAUUUGACAGUUUCUAUUUAACUCCAGAGAAUAACUCUCCUAGCUUUUUUAAUAUUUAUUAGAAAUUGAAAUUAAUGCGAAAAAAUUUGUUGGCAACUCAGCAGACUUUUUAUUUUAUCUUAAUAAAUUGUCUGCUUUAUCAGACAGCCACGGUGUUUGCUAGUGCUAUGGGCCUGAAGGUUACAGUGGAGGAUGCCAAAUGUGUCCAGGCAAAUGCUUUUAUUCAGUCCGAUCUGUUCCAUCACUACAACAUCAAAGAAGACCAACUGGCAUUCAAAAUUAAUCUGACUGUUUUACUGGUAACCAUGCUUAUUUUUAAUUAAAAUAACAACAGCUGUCUUAACAAAAGGCUUUUGAACUUCACUACUUCAAUAAUUGUUUUAUACAUCUAAAGACAAGUGCCAUAGAAACUAUGUACUUACACUAAUAUUACAAAGUAUUGUGCUUUUUUUUUUUUUAACAUAGGGUCUUUUAGUGUUUUUUCCAACAUGAAUAAACACUGUGAACUACCAUAUUUUCUGGCGUAUAAGUAUAAGACAACCCAAUAAUUUUCCAGGAAAGAUAUUGGGUUUGGGAUAUACUCGCCGUAUAAGACUACCCCCUUCCAAGACAACACCAUUUUAAAAAAUAUCAGAAACAUAAAAAAAAUCGUCAGAUUUGAUUUAAACGUGGUAAUUUUAAUGAAAACUGUUGCCUUCUGGUACUUAAAAUCACCAAAACACAUCAAACUUAAAAGAUUUUAUUUAAACACAGUAAUUUUAAUGUUCCCUUACUACAUUGCCGCGCACGCGGCAGUGGCGGCCUCUUCACUCACCGGGAUUCGCCUCUAUACCCGCUACCGACCACCUGGCGGGCCUGGCACCGAUCUGGCUACCUCUUGUACAAGGUGUGGAGCACUCGGCGGGCAUUAAAACUAUAUUUCGGCCAUUGUACCCGGCGUAUAAGACGACCCCCAAAUUUUGGCACUAUAAUUUGGGUCUAGAAAGUCGUCUUAUACGCCAGAAAAUACAGUAAUAUAUUGCACAAGUAACACUCGCUCUAGAUGGUUGCUUAUUUAGUUUAUUUUUCUUCGUUUUCACAGGAAUGCUUACAAAUUUUUGGAAGCAGUGCCUUACCUGGAGUUAACACCAGUUUGAAGAUGUGUUACGCUGGCUAUGGAUGCCCACUUAUUCUAAUGUACAAGAUAUUUUGUUAUUCUUCCUACUAAUAUAUUCUUUUAUAUAUUAGUCUAUAAAAAAAAAGUUAAAUUAUCUUUAAACAUCAAAUUUUAUGAUUCAGUUCCGCAAACAAAAAAAAAAAAAAAAAAUAAAGUGGAUUUCUCUUAACUGAUGUUUAAAACCUGUUUUUUUUCAUUGGUUCUCAUAUGACAUGUUUUUUGUGUUCUCAUUCAGGUUGGAAGAAGAUGGGGUGUUAACAGACUGUAGCAUAAAAACAUUAGAGCCCGACGAGGUGUUGGACUUUGAUUUCUGCAGUGCUGAUGUGGUCAAUAAAAUCAUUAUGAAGGUAAUAUACAUGAGUACAUGCCCACUCACAGGCUUGGUUGCAGAAGGUUAGAUCUAGCAAUUAAAUAUUACGCCAGAUACAAUAUUUGGUAAUAUGCGCUUGUUAAGCGGUACUUUGCUUUUAAGUUGUAACAUUUUUUAAUAUCAGCCCUGUCUCCAUAUAUAUAAAUGUAUAUUCACAGGCAAAUAACUAUAUUGUGCAUCAUAAAAUAGUGCAGCUAUUGAAAAGCAUUACUUGCAACUUGAAUCAUCUUGAAUUUUCAGCAUUUAAAAUUAUUUAAGCCUUAAAAAUGCUAUUCUGUCAAUGAUUGUUACACUUUCAAUUUGACGAUGUAACUAAUGUAAACAGAAAUUCAAGUGUUCCAAAUGGUAAAUUUCACAGAGUGAAUGUCUGAAGGAAGUGUUUAAUGAGCUGGACACAACUAGUGAAGUGCUACAGAUUCUCAUGUCCCCUGAUCAGCCUUACCUCCAGUUCUCUACCUUUGGCAAUUCUGGAAGCAUGCAUGUAAGUUGCUGUCAAAAACAUAUUUUUUUAGGAUGAAUUUUAAAGUACCGUAUUUUCCGGCAUACAAGACGACCUUCUUCUUUUCCUGUUCUAAUAUAGGGUUUGUGCUACACUCGCCGUAUAAGACUACCCCUCUUCCAACGCAAAUUAAAAAAAACAUCAAAUUUGAUUUCAAUAUGGUAAUUUUAAUUCAAAUGCUUAUGAUAACUUUCACUUAUAAACAUAAGGCUGUUAGUCAUCUAACAUGUCAUCAAACAUGUAAACAUAAAACAGUGCAAGUGGAUUAAACUUUUUCUAAUUCACUCUAAAGCUAAAAGGAAGGAUAAACCAAUAAACCCAUUGGGAGCUGCCAUGCUGUUUGUUUUCUAAGCUAUCAACCAAACUGGAACUAGAGGGCACAUGUCCCUGAAGUUUCAGCAUGCUGUAUACCAGCUCAUAAGACAGCCCCCGACUUUUGAACAGAUUUUUAUGGGUUAAGUUGUCUUACAUGCCGGUAACAAUGGUAUUAAAAAAAUAUAAUUUUAAUUAUGAUUUUUAGCAUUACAUUUUUUUAAAAACAGCAGUCUUGAUGUUGACUUUAAACUUUAAUUCAUCAUGGGCUCUGCAGCCCACGAAGGGCUCUGGCCACCCCAACACCACAUCCUUCCACUUGGACCGUGUUCAUGAACUUUCUUUGAUCUCCUUGCGUGGACCCUAAACUGAUCCAUGUCCAUCUUGAAAUAAUAAAUACUUUUUUAAAAAUACUUUAAAAAAAACACUCUGUUUAGUUACAGAUACUUUUAAAUUUCAUAAUUUUGUUUUCUUUGCAGUCGUCAUUCCCCAAAGAUUCAGAAAUGGUAGAGUCAUUCCAGUGCACACAGACACAAACAAAUCGGUAAGCAAGAAAACAAAAAUGUUCUGGUAAUUCAGAAGAGUUACACUGUGAUAAUAGUUUUUCUAUUUUCAUGGUUGCAAAUAUUAUUAUUAGUGGUUUGGUUGAUUGCAAUGGAUGAAUGGGCAAAUGUUAAUCAACCUCUGUGAAUUAAAAAAGAUCAUAUUAUCAUUAUACAUUUAGUAAACGGAAGGAAAAAAAAAAGCUUUAUUUUGCUUCAUGUCUGUUAAGUCUCUUCUACUCAUCUAAUAACUUAAAUUUAAAGUUUUUACAUUUUUUUUCCAUAAAGAUAUGCCUUCAAAAGCUGUCAAAUUAUUAAAAACAAAAAAUAGUUCUUUUGUAAAAUCUUUGAACAAAUCUUUUCACAAUUGGUUACUUUCCCCCAGAUAUAAAAUCAGUCUCCUAAAGCCCACAGUGAAAGCCUUGACACUGUCCACCAGGAUUUCUAUAAGAACUGACAGCCGAGGGUUUCUGUCUCUACAGUACAUGUUGAGGAUAGAGGAGAAUCAGAUUUGCUUUGUGGAGUAUUUUGUAAGUAUUUUGUGGAUUGAAACUUUUAUCAAAACACGGUAGCGAUAGUGAGGGGUUAUCUCCAAAACAAUAACAUAACGAUUAUUUUUCUUUUUCAGUGUGCCCCUGAUGAGGAGGUUUCUGAAGAUAAAGAAACAUGAUCUCACGUUUUAUCUCAAGUGGACAACAACAAAGUAGGGUUUCUCAUGUUUUGGUCACUGUAUUAAUGACACAAGAUGUGGUGUCCAUGGUGGUCAAUUUGUUUCCUAUGCCUUUUGUUGUGUCCUAUGGAUUGGACCAAACCUCUUAAUUUAUUAAAACCACAUUUAUAAGGUCAUUUGUUGUUUGUAAAUAAUUAAAAAAUCAAAUGAUUUAAAUUUUUCUUGUAAUAUUCAGUUGAUGUUUUUUUGUUCAUUAAAUUAUUAUCGUAUUUUACUGACCAUAAGAUGCUACAGACUAUAGGAUGCACCUUAAUUUUUAAGCAAUUAAAAAAAAUUUAUUUUUUAUACUAUUUUUAUAUUAAUUUCCAGUAUAAGACGCACCUGAAUUUUGGAGGCAAUUUUUCGAAGAAAAAAGUGUGUCUUAUAGUCCGUAAAAUAUGGUAGAUAUCAAAAUGUUUUAAGUUUGCAUAUAGAAAGUUUUUUUAAAAAAGCAAAACUUGUAAAGUUGAAUAUGUUUGUUAUCGUAAACUCCUUGCACAUCACUAUAUAAAAUAGCACAAAAAGCUGCAUCAAAAUUAUAUGCCUAAUUAUUUUAAUGCCCCCUCAUAUAAAAAAUUUUAAGAUGUUGAAAAGAAGACAUAAAGAUCACAGAAGAAUAUAAUUUUAUUUUAAAAAAUUAUUGAAGCUUUUGUGCAUUACGCAUAAGUUCAUCAUACAAUUUGCCUAUUAAAAUUUAAGGGAAAAAAAUUCUGUUGAGUGCUUAAAUAUGUUUUUUAAAUUUUCAAAAUUUCUAUUAAUUUUUAAAAAUUUACACUAUAAAAAUGUUGUAUUUUUUUUUAAACAAUACCUAAUCAUAUCCCAUCAGAUUGCUUUUGAACUUUAUUAGAAAAAUAAAUUUAGAAACCAGAGUGACUUGGAUUUUAAUAUUUUUAUCACAUGACCACCAACCUACAUGCAAUUCUUGUACAGCAGGGCUGAUCAAGUUCACCUGGUGUUUGAAAAAUGAUUUAGUACUAUAGUAAUUAAGUUCAAUAUUAUUAAGGCUGUGGCUCAUACAUGAGUAUUAACUCUUUACUUUUAAACUGCAAAUUACAUUGUGAGCAAAAUUCUCAUUUUUGUUGAUAAUAUUUAUAUAUAGAUAUGUAUAAUUGUCUCAUCGCUAAUACAGAAUUUCUAUGGGGAAGAAAGUGAUAUAUCCAUAAUACAUAUAAUGAGAUACCCUAUAACAAGGAAUAGUAGGGAUAGCUGAAAGUUGUACAUGUCAAAUAAAAAAAAGUUUGUUUAAAAUGUUCACAUAAAUUAUGACUAGAGUAAUGACAUUUUCUUGGUAAAUAGUGUAGCUAAGAGCAAAUACUUUUUUUAUUACAGACAAACAUAAAAUUUAAUUUGAGCUAGGCUUAAAAACUAAAGUAAUGAACAUUUCCAUGAUGUUGAAAAAUGCUUUUACACCGGUAUACUUCAAACAAUACCCUGAAAUAGUUUUCAUAGCUAGAAGUAAAUGCUAUACAAGGAAAGACACAAAUAUAUUUAACUUGUAUAUACUGUACAUAACAAUAAAGUCUGUGAAAGGUUAUUAUGGCAUAAUUGAAAGAUUUAUGGCAAGUUUAUAAAAAAUUACUUUAAAAAUCUGUGUAAAGGGUAGAUAUCAAAAUAAAGACGUCUUGUUUUAACAAUUUUACACUGUGUUUUAUGACAUUCUAGAAUGUGAUUUAUAACCUAAUGUUAAAAAAAAUCUGGCAUUCUUGAAAAGUUUGAGAAAGUUGAAUUCUUUAAUUAACUGUUCUUUUCUACAUCAAAUAAUGUAAACAAUUUUAGGUCAUGAAAGAGAAGGAUGAAUAUUCAUUGAACCUCUUCAACUGUAGGGAUCCUUUUCAGGAAUAGGUUUGGAAUCAUGAUCAUUUUGAAUACUGGUAUAUUAGGCUUCUGUGAACGGAUUUCUUUAAAAAUAAAACUUUGUUUACAUUAACACUAAUACACACAAACAAAACAAGUUGUAGAUUUUAUGGGGCACAAAAAAAUCAAUGUAUAUUAAUAUCAUUGGAUUAUGGUUAGGAUCAAAUCAUUAUUGAUGGGGAAAAUAAAACAAAUCCCCAUGAUUACCAUAAAUGUAGAAAAAUAUAAAUAUAAAAAAAUGUUCAUCCUACACACCUCAAUCUUGGUUUUGUCAAUUAAAUUAUUAUGGCACAUUUUUGUUUAAAGUUCUGAUUAAUAAAAAAUUAUGCUUUAGAUAUCCAGGCAGUUUUCAAACAUUGAAAUUUUGAACAAAGAAUAGAAAAAAAUCUUAACUUAUGAGAACACAGCCUCAUCAGUAAUGCUGAUGUGGCUACUCUGAUGAAGCUAGGACUACAAGUUUGUUUUUGUAGCCAUAAUCCAGCUCAGCACCACCACUUACAUUGAUGUUAAUACCAGUGCAGAAAGUUGCAUCUGCUGCCAGAAACAAACACACU